UUCAAAUACUUUGUUACCGGUCCUGUGGUGGAAUAGAUGAAUUGGCUCAGACGGCUCACGCUGAAGGCAGUUGAAGUUGUUCCUGUGCCUGAAUGGGAGAACUGCAGACGGCGGUCUCAGAUGGUGCUGUGGCUGUAGCUUGCAGAGUCCAGAUGUAAUGCGGUGGUGGUCGUCACAGGCUGUUGGCGCUGGCAGGCGCCGAUGGUACCUGAAUGCCGGGAGACCGCUGGCGCUGGCAAGCACUUGUGAUGUCAAUUUCCUCACCUCUGGACUUAGAAUAAGCCAGAGAUCGCACGCUUAGUGAAUGGAACCCGCCUCGUGUAAGUGGCGUGUGACGUCAGCUGAGCCGGAGCUAGAGAUGUAGAAUCAGGACCGGACACAAGCCUGGAUCGGCUGAUGAGCAGAGAGUCCGCGAUUGGACAUCUGGAAGUUUGUCAACAACUGGAAAUGAGCCGGAACCAGACGACAGGCAUUCCUCUUGGAAUGAUUGAAGACUGUGGGAAAAGGGGGGAUAACAUGGCCGACAGAAGGCAAUUGUUUGCAGAAAUGCGGGCUCAAGAUCUGGAUCGUAUUCGCUUGUCUACAUAUAGAACGGCAUGUAAAAUUCGAUUUGUACAGAAGAAAUGCAAUUUGCAUCUGGUAGAUAUAUGGAAUGUUAUUGAAGCACUCCGGGAAAAUUCACUAAACAAUCUGGAUCCUAAUGUAGAACUUAAUGUGGCACGUCUGGAAGCUGUCUUAUCAACAGUAUUUUACCAGCUCAAUAAGCGGAUGCCAACAACUCACCAAAUCAAUGUAGAACAGUCCAUCAGCCUAUUGUUAAACUUCUUGUUGGCAGCCUAUGAUCCGGAAGGACAUGGUAAGAUCACAGUUUUUGCUGUCAAAAUGGCAUUGGCCACAUUAUGUGGAGGAAAAAUCAUGGAUAAAUUGAGAUACAUUUUCUCGCUGAUCUCCGAUUCCAGUGGUGUCAUGUAUUACCAGAAGUAUGACCAGUUUCUAAAGGAGGUGCUGAAACUGCCAACUGCUGUGUUUGAAGGCCCUUCAUUUGGUUAUACAGAGCAAUCUGCAAGGUCUUGUUUCUCACAGCAGAAAAAAGUCACCUUAAAUGCAUUCUUGGACAUACUUAUGUCUGACCCACCACCUCAGUGUCUUGUCUGGUUACCUCUUCUGCAUCGACUGGCGAAUGUUGAAAAUGUCUUCCACCCUGUCGAGUGCUCCUAUUGCCACAGUGAGAGUAUGAUGGGUUUCCGCUAUCGCUGCCAGCAGUGUCACAAUUACCAGCUCUGUCAGGACUGUUUCUGGAGGGGACAUGCCAGCGGUUCCCAUAGCAACCAACACCAAAUGAAAGAGUAUACGUCAUGGAAAUCGCCUGCAAAGAAGCUCACAAAUGCACUAAGCAAGUCUUUAAGCUGUGCUUCCAGCCGUGAGCCUCUACAUCCUAUGUUUCCUGAUCAGCCUGAAAAACCUUUAAAUCUGGCUCAUAUUGUGCCUCCAAGACCAGUUACCAGCAUGAAUGACACUCUAUUUUCUCACUCCGUUCCCUCAGGAAGCCCUUUCACUAACAAAAUGUUACCUGACAAUGUAAGUGUAACUAGUGCCAUCACUGAUGAACAUUCUUUGAUAAAGAUGUAUGUAUGUCAACUGCAGAACAGUCCACGCUCUACUCAAAAGACCUCAGAACCCGAGCAGAGCAGACAGCUGGCUAUGGCUGCUCCAACUUUGCUUAAAGGCAAAGGGUUACAGUACAGCCUAGAUGUGGCAGACAGGCUGGCUGAUGAACAUGUUCUCAUUGGGGUAUAUGCCAGUAUGCUGCAGAACAACCUUCCACGAAUGCUUGACAGCCCCAGCCGCCUAGAUGAAGAACACAGAUUGAUUGCCAGAUAUGCAGCAAGGCUGGCAGCGGAGACCACUUCAUCACAGAGUCAGCAGAGAGGCCCAGACAUCUCCUUUACGAUCGAUGCAAAUAAGCAGCAAAGACAGCUUAUUGCAGAGCUGGAAAAUAAAAAUAGGGAAAUAUUGCAGGAAAUACAAAGGUUAAGAAUUGAACAUGAACAGGCCUCUCAGCCUACACCAGAGAAAGCACAACAGAAUCCUACUCUACUGGCGGAACUCCGACUGCUCAGACAGCGAAAAGAUGAACUUGAGCAGAGGAUGUCCGCAUUACAGGAAAGCAGGAGGGAGCUGAUGGUGCAGCUUGAAGGGCUCAUGAAACUUUUGAAGACCCAGGGGGCAGGCUCUCCUCGCUCUUCUCCCAGCCAUACCAUCAGCAGGCCCAUCCCAAUGCCUAUAAGGUCCACAUCAGCUUGCUCCACCCCAACACACACUCCUCAGGACUCUCUUACAGGGGUUGGUGGAGAUGUACAGGAAGCAUUUGCUCAGAGUGCGAGAAGAAAUCUGCGGAAUGAUUUACUGGUGGCAGCUGAUUCCAUAACCAAUACUAUGUCUUCUUUAGUGAAGGAGCUCAAGUCCGAUGUGGGAAAUGAAGCAGAAGGCACUAUGAAUGCAGAGUAUGGGAGGGUUCACUUUGAUGACUUGGUCCCAUCUCCAACCUCAGAGAAAGCUUUCCUUGCUCAGAUUCAUGCCAGAAAACCGACCUACAACCAUAAUUCUUCAGCUGCUGGAAAUAUUCAGGUCCCUGAAGAUCCCUAUAACAGACACGAGGAUGAAACCUACGAGAAUGACUCUGUGCGUCAACUAGAAAAUGAGCUGAAGAUGGAAGAGUAUCUGAAACAAAAGUUGCAGGAUGAAGCCUACCAGGUCAGUUUGCAGGGCUGAAUGCACUAUUCUGUUUCCCUCCCUUCUGAAAAAUGCAGUAGUUUGGAGAAGAUGCACGUAGCAUGAGAAGUAUUGGUUGUCAGCCAUCGAUCCGGCAGAAAGAGUGCAGGUUGACCUCACCUGCUGCAUCUUCUAGUAGAAAGAAAUCCAUCAGAGUCCACCGGAAUGUAGCACAGCACAUUUGUUCUAAACCGUGUAGUUUGUAGGUGUGUGUUUUAACUAUUCCUUUAUAAAAAAAUAUAUAUAUUAUUUGAAAUUAAAGCAUUAGCCGCAUUUGAAAAAAAUAUAGCCAUUUGCACAUACGGUCAUAUUCAUUGUCAUAUAUAAUAUGUAUACGAACUGCCAGUGCAGAUUUCCAGACCAUCUCGUCUCUGUAAAAUGACAUCUCCAUUACUUCCAAGGGCAAGAGGAAACAAGUAUUCAGACAAGUUCCGCAAAGCUUGCUAAUGCACUGUAGAAACACACUGAAUAUAUCAACCAGGUGUAUGCAAAUGUCUUCUCUGUCACUGGCCAAACUACCAGAGGAGAACGUCUCUAUCACCACGUCGUGGUGGACCAUAGAAGCCAAUGAUUUGUAUCAUAGCAGCUGUUACUACUAGAUGUCUGAGUGCCUUAGUUCCAUUUGAACCUACUCAGCCACUUAUUUAGUAGCAGUACCUAGGCACCACUGUGUCGUUAACCAUUGCGCAAUGCAACGUCAUGCUGCAAAAUAACCCCCUUUUUGUUUGUUUGGUUGUUUUUUUUAUUUUUUAUUUUUAUUUAAAGCCGGGCUCCACUUAAUGUCACUAGAGAAACUGAGAUAACAAAAGUCCUGGCUCCAGCACCCUGCAAUGCACAUGAUGGUAUCACCCACAGAUCAGCACUUCUUUUUGUUAUUUAAUUUGUUUACCGCAGGAUUUGCACUUAAUUUGGGACUGCAAUCCUAGAUAUAAUUUUGGUAUAUCCAAUAAUGGCAGUAAGGCAGCAGUUCCAUAGAGUUCUUUACGUCUAUUUCAGUCAUUGGAUAGAAUUGGAUGGAUUGAUUCAAAUAUUAUUUUUAUUAGGUCUAAACAGCUACAGAGUUAUUUGUGUACAAAGCCCAAUGAAAUAAAGGAAUGCAUUUAAGGUUAAUUGUAUAAUUUUAUAUUUCUUUUUCUCUCAAGAACUCACGAAUCAGCCAUACAAGUUUUUAGUGUAUAUAACUAUAUAUAAAUAUAUAUAUAUAUUUUUCAUUUUCAAUAUAGACACUAUCAUAUACAAAAAAAAAAAAAAAUAUUAUACAAUGUUCAGACUCUUAAGAAUCUAGUUUUUGCAAUCCACACAGAUGCUAUUAAAACUGUCAACUAUGUUUUAAGCUACUCAUUAUUAGCCUUCUCACUGCUGCAGGGUUCUGCUGGGCACUGCAUGCCCAUCCUUGGCAGCUGAAAGGAUAGAGCUGUUUAUAAACCACAGGUGCCAUAAAACCCCAAACUAGAGGAAACUUUCUCUUUCAUAUUGCUGUUGCCUCACAGUCUUGUUUUUGUGUUCUUUUGCUGUUCGAUGUACAUAUAGCAUAUCAACUGUGUUGUUUGAUGGUUUAUUUUGCUUUUUUACUUGUUCUUUUGAGGCCUUUGUAUUCACUGUUACUGCAUGCUUGUUAAGUACACCUGUCACAGAAAUAGUGAAGGUAGCCAUUUGCCUCAGCGAUAUUGCAAAGUACUACUGAUUUACUAAGUCACACACCUGAAUAUGCAGGAAAAUGUCCCCCUACAUAUUGGCGGCAUAUAAACAAAGAAUUCUUUUCUGAAUGCCUUAUGGCCGCCAGACAUUUUGCAUGCGUAUUGAGGGCAAGUAGAGGUAGCAGUGAAAAGCACAAGGGCUUGCGUGUAUGUACGAGAGGAUAGGGGGAAGCACGCAGCUCUUAUGGUGGAAUGCACUGGAUUAUGGCUGAGACACACAGGAAUACUCUUCUAUGUAUAAUAUUUGUUAGUAACAUGUCUGUUCACACAAUGGGAUUUAUUUGUCAUGCCAGCAAACCAUAAUGUAGACUUUGCAUUUUGUGUGUUAGUUGUUGAAACUAAAUCCUGUACGUAGGAAAGUCACUGAUGGAAAGGAACUGUACGUAAAGGUCAUGGUACGUACGUAGAUCAUUUUUCUGUUGUUCAUUAGCUUCCUGUAGAAAUAAACGCUACGGACACUUGUGGGAGCCAUAUUAUUUACAUUUUUACUGAAGUGUCUUUUUGUUGUGAUAAAUAUAUUUUUAUCAUAGGCUUUUUAAUGUAAUUAUUUGGGUUCUGCAACUUCUGUAUAUCAGUGCACACAGCAUAGCUGUUUUUUCUGAUUUAUUAUUUUUAUAAAGAACGGAGCUUAGCGUAAAGAUUUCACUGUGAUUUGGACUCUACAGCUUGCUAUAGUAUGUAUAGUGAUACACAGAAUGUGCAGAACCCAAAACACUUUAAUAAGAAAACUACUUUACAAAUUAUUUUUAUUACAAAAUGAAUAGCAUAAGGUAAAUGCCCCAUAUGUGUUAACAGCUGUUAAGAAACUGUCUAAAUAGUCUUCAUGAAAAAUUCCCAAAUUUUUGCUGUUGUAGAAUCUAAGCAGCUUUUUCGGGUAGCUGGUUGUGCUGCUGCUUCUGGCAUACAUCUGACUGCACACUGCUCCCAGUCUAUGUCAGUCCUUACUGCUCCUCUCCACUUUUCUCUUAGUGUUAACAGAUAUUAGCAGAUAAGUGUUAACAGAUAAUGGGGAUAAGGAUGUACAGGUCGGAUCAGAGUAUAGAGAAGCAUUCAAGUCUUUAACAAAGCCAAAUAUCACCGGUUGUACAGUAUUAUAGUGUAGAUAGGGAGGAAAGCAUGUGCAGGGCUAUCUGCAGGGGAGGGGAUGUAUCACAGUAGCUGUGUAUCUGUCUACAGUAAGAGAACACCCACAGUAGACCCUAUAUGGUAGGGAAGAGGAAAUCCUAUAUUUCUGGAUCGGUGUGUGUCAUCGCAGUAGAGAGGACAUCCCUCUUGGGCUGCACAAGAAAUCAUUGCUGAAGUGAAGCUAGAUCAUGACAUAAAGACUCACAUCCAGCAUGUGUGGACUGGAAAGGACACUAUCACGUGGGAAAAGUUUCAGCUAUGGGACAGGGGAUAUUAAUAAAGUUUGAACUUUUUUUAUUCAAAAUAACCAUAGACAUGGAAAAAUGCAUUUUACAUAUAUUAAAGUGUCCAUAGCCUUUAAGAGGGUAACUGGGAAAAAGUACACAAGAGAAGGCAGGUUUUUCUUCCUAAGUGGAAGGAGCUCUGAACUUAUGCCAUAAAUAAAUAUGACCCAGACAGAGGUGUCAGUACAGAGCUGUGGUCAGACUGGAAAGAACAACACAACUUCCUCUGAAGCAUACAGCAACUGAUAAGUACUAGAGGGGUUAAGGUUUUAAAAACAACUAAUUUACAAAUCUGUAUACCUUUUUGGCACCAGUUCAUUUGAAAAAAAAUUAUUUUCCACUGGAGUACCCCUUUAAAGUAUAUCAAACCGCUAAAAUGGUUGGGACUGGUUCUGGAAGAAACCCUAAGGUGCAUCUCAUGUAAAGGUCUUCUAGAUAGACAUGCUGCUAGGGUAAAGGUAAAUUAUACUUAAUAAGGUUGUGAAUAAUGAAUUUAAUGAAAGUUACACACUGAGGCUAGGUUUAUACCACUGCAAAGCUUUUUCUAUGAAAACAACAUUGGUGCCCGUUUCUCUGGUUACCAGGCAUCAGCAGCACCUGAUGGACCCCAAUAACUUUAAAGGAAAACUGUCAGCCAGUUCACCCACACUAAACCCAAUACACUGGGUUAUAGUGUGGGUGAAUAGGUGUCCAUACACGGGUCACUUCCUUUUUUUUUUUUUCUUCUUGCCUCCGAGUUUUAGUCCUCUAAAGUUCAUUUACCUCCUCAGUUGCGCUCUGCAGGCGUGUCCCCCGCGGGCAGUCAUGCUUUGGGUCCCAUAGGAAGGGGCCUAAGCCCGCCCCCCUUAUUCACAUAUUCAUUUUCUUCAACUUCACGUCCUAGUGUCGUGGAGUCACACACCCCCUGAGCGCAGCACUCUGUAUGAAAAGUGCAUGCGCUGAAGUUUUUACCCAGCUCUCACGUCCUGAUGACGUAAGAGCUGUGCAUUGGGAGAGGCGCUCUGCACAGCGUAACUGCACAUGCGCCAGUACACCCGACUUGAAGAAAAUGAAUGUGAAUAAGUCGCUCGGUACACCCGACUUGAAGAAAAUGAAUAUGUGAAUAAGGAGGGUGGGCUUAGGCCCCUUCCUCUGGAACCCAAAGCCUGACUGCCAGCGGGGGACACUCCUGUAGUGCGCAACUGAGGAGUUGAAUUAUGGAACUUUAGAGGACGAAAACUCGACGGCAACAAAACCAAACGAUUUAAGUGACCCGUGUAUGCACUCCUGUUCACCCACACUAUAACGAGUGUAUUGGGUUUAGUGUGGGUGAACUGGCUGACAGUUUUCCUUUAAUGCAACCUGUCAUGUUUCCAUCAAGGCGUUUUAACAGAGCCUCCGUCAUAUAAAAAUCUGGCCUAAGUUUCCUUCUAGGUGCCUGCUAGUUAGACAUGAAUGACAGGUCUGAAAAGUGUUGUUGGAUAUGAAUAUCUGAGAUAAAUCUGUUUUCGUUGGAAAGUUAAACUCAUAAAUCAAGUUUUGAGGUGUUUACAUUUUUUUAGAUACCUCACAGGAAAGUGUCCUCAGCUGAAAAUCACGAGGCUGCUGAUAAAUCUGGGGGAUGGUGGUUUGAGUGUGUUGUCUAUUUAAUUAUUAUUUAGAAGGCUUUAUCUGUUAUCACUACCGUUUUUAUGUUGAAUCCAUAAAAUGAAUCAUGGAUUGGUUUUGUUACAGUUCAAGUGUGUUUAGUCGAAAUUAUACCAGGAAGAUUUAGAAGUAAAAUAAAAUUCCUUUAACUUGGUGUCUGGUCAUCCAGCACUUAGCUUUUUAUCAGAACUCUUUGAUGCUAUGGGAUCUUGGUAGAUCAGAAGAAAAACACUGACUUAAUAUAUAAAUACUUCUCAGUGUUCUAUUAUUAUCAGUGGACAUCUAGCUUUGAAAUGGAGUUCAAAAGCAUAUUUGAUCAUUGAUAUCACUGAUAGUCAUGCAUUGGAACCAUCACCAGUUUUCCAAUGGCCUACAGUACCCUGAAGAGAGCUAUAAGCCUUCACUGUCUUUUACAGUCUCUAAAAAAACACUGUUUGUAAAAAUAAUGGCACACUAUUGCAAGUGAAUGUACCCAUAAGGUAAAUGUAGAUGAUACAUUAUUAUGCAUCAAUUUUUUUGUGAUUGAGCUGGGGGGAGGAUUCUGAUAUUUUGUCACCUGUUGCCAUUAGUUACAGGAAUUUUACUGUAUAUUAGAUAGUAACUGCAUGAUUCUUUUUUAUUUGUUUUCUUGAGCCAAAAAUUUAUUGUAGAAAGAGUGCCAUGAGAAAAUAGAUGACUGGAAUGUCAAUGUAAAGGUAAAGUCACUGGUGUAUUCACAUGAGGAGUCAGGGUAAGGGUUAUCUACUGGGUUCUUAGAAGAGUGGUCCAUAGAAGAGUUUUGCAAUAGAGGAUCAGCCAUUUCCAUCCUGUCAGUUUUAACUAUUAUUUUCUACUAUUAUACUGUAUUUAAUGGUUCUUUUUAGCCUAUUAUACUGUAUUACAAGAAAAAAAAUGUGGUUUCAAAUAUCAGGAAAUACUCAACCCCAAUUGCAGUUCUGCAUUAAUGCUGGGGGAGCAGAUCCUGAGCUUUGUGGUCCAUUGCUAAGGGCUAUCAGCAGCAUAUAAUGCAUACAAUGGGGGAUGCCUGCAACAGACUACAAGUGCCACAAUGGCAUCCUACACCAGAUGAAAGGUGUGGAUGUGUAACAUAUAGAAUAAUACAUAAAUAUAGCUGCACUACUGUGGUAGAUGUAAUCAGUAACAUAUGACUAACCCUCAAAAUGUUAAAAUUGAGACAUUAUCCAGUAUAUCCUUAUAUGAAGGACAUACCUGAGCCCACACACCAACGCCAAGGUUUCUCAAGUGGCACGGGACCUAACACUAAACCUACCUGUGCCGCAAUAUGGGCAAUACCAGGGGCCAGUGGGCAAUUACAGCGGCAUUUGGUUCUUAGGGUUUGUCAUAUUACUGUCUACCUCUACCACAGUAGUGCACCUAAAUUGAUGUAUUAUUAUACUGUAUUACAUUAAUAGGCUUUAAUUAUAAUGUAGGCUGGCUUCUAUAUAUUGCUUUUUGAGUGUUCACAGAAUGUAUACAGAGAGAAAAUUAGAAUGUAGGUUAUUUACAGUUUUUCGCAUAUGAUUUGCUUGGCCUUCAUUAAUAUACUUUACUAAGGUACUUUUUACUGUUGUGGUUUUUUUUAUCCUUUUUUGCAUGGGUCAUGUAAUAAUCAGUUAACAAAGGUCUCUCUUAUAUGGUUCUGUUUAUUUCCCAUCUUGUAGUACUCCUGUCCACUGAACAGAGGAGGCCAUUCUGUGGGCUGAAUAAGGGUACUCAUGGGUUUUUAUUAUUAUUAACUAGUAGAGUGAUUGCAACGCUAAUUCUGUAGACUUGGGACUGAUAGCAGGGAUAGGAGUUCUCAGGAACAUGUGUUCAGCCCACAAAAUGGCCACAAAGUCACUGUGCAGGAAUCGGACAGUUUAAUGUAGAUAGAUCCUGUAAAUAUGGGCAGCCUCAGGUUGCGUCUAUCAGGUGGGGGUCAUAGUAAUAUACAGAACAGGUUACAACGAGCAAUCCUCCGUAUAAGAACAGGCCUUUUGACUUCUGAACCAAAAAUAUCAUUUAAAAAUCACAAGGUUACUAACUGAUAUUUGUAAUUCUAUACCUUCUGUACUUGACCACUUGAAGACCGCAAGAACAGACACACUAAAGAGUUUGACAAUUUUCAUUGGUAUUGUAACAAAACUACUACUGUAUGGAAAAUUUUGUAUUGCUGUUAAGUAUUGUUUUGUGUGUGUGUGUGUUGGAACCUACAUGGGACAUGUCCUAUUUUAAAGUGGUUAUAAUAACUGUGUGUCUAUAUUUUGGAAUGGAAUUAUUUCUUCAUUAAAAUGAAUUUUUAAAAACCUUA